GCUUCCUUCAUCACUUCAUAUCAAAAACCAUUUGAAAGAGAGAGAAAAAAAGAAAGAAAUACACAAUGGCAGGAAUCAUGCACAAGAUUGAGGAGACUCUGAACAUUGGAGGCAAGAAAGAUGAGCACAAGGGUGAGACCCAAGGUGGGUACAAGCAACAAGAUCACAGGGGUGACGCACAAGGCGAGCGCAAGGAAGGGUUUGUCGACCAGAUGAAGGACAAAUUACCGGGCGGCGGCGGGCACAAGGGCGAGACGCAAGGUGGGUACAAGCAACAAGAGCACAGGGGCGACGCACAAGGUGAGCGCAAGGAAGGGUUCCUUGGCCAGAUGAAGGACAAGAUCCCGGGGGUUGGCGGUGGCAGUGGCGCCCAUGGUGAAGGAGGAGAGAAAAAGAAGAAGAAGGACAAGAAGAAGAAGGAUGAUGGCCAUAGCAGCAGCAGUGACAGCGACUAAAAAUCUUGCACUGCUUCCAUGCAUUAGGUGUGGAGGAGUGAGGUCGAGGUCCUGUCUACCAGUAACUGUUGCAGAUUAUCACUAGGAAAAAAAAAAAGCUGUACUGUUCAAUAUCUUGUAUCUUUGCUUUAAGUGGUGUUGCUGGGCAGGGAAGAAUGUAAACCGAAAAUGAUAUUGUAAUAAGAUUAUUAUUAUUAUUAUUAUUA